AAAUUGGAAGCGCGCGUCAUUUAGAUCCUAGUCUUACUCGCAGAGAAAUUAUAGUUUUACAUUAAUAUUUUUCCUUUUGAAAUCCGUGUUGUAACGUAAAACAAAGAGUGAAAAUACAUUGAUUUAAUGAUUAUUUGAAAAUCAUCAAAUUUAAAAGUUAAUAUAGUUGCUAUAAAACGAACUCUUUUCCACUGCGUAAUUUUAUAAAUUCGUCCGACUGGUUCAAUCCUAAUUCAGAGCUAGCUCAGCUCAUCACGUUUCACCAUUUCCCGAAGAUAGAGACAGUUGAGCAAGGUGAAAAUUGUAUUUCAGCAACAUGACGAAAGGAAGAAAAGAUCUAGGGGACAUUACCUCCCACAAUAUAAAGCAGCUGAAGAAACUCAACUCUGUUGUCUUCCCUGUAUCUUACAAUGAUAAAUUCUACAAAGAUGUCCUAGAAGUAGGAGAACUGGCUAAACUUGCAUAUUACAAUGACAUUGUUGUCGGAGCAGUGUGCUGUAGGAUAGAUACAACAGAACAGGGAGCAAGACGUCUGUAUAUAAUGACCUUGGGAUGUCUUGCACCAUACAGGAGACUUGGGAUAGGCACCAUGAUGCUCAAACAUGUUCUAGAUUUCUGCGAGAAGGAUGGACGCAUUGAUAAUAUAUACUUACAUGUCCAGGUCAAUAACGAUUCUGCCAUUGACUUCUACAAAAAGUUUGAAUUUGAGAUCAUCGAGACGAAAGAGCAUUACUACAAACGCAUUGAACCCGCCGACGCACACGUACUUCAGAAGACUCUACGAACCGCCGUUGCUCAAACGUCGUCAUGAGAGGGAGUCUUUGAGGUGUCGUAUUUCAUUGAACUUUGAGUCAUAAUAGUCUGGACUGGAAAUUGUGGAACCGUGUGGUCCUGUACUCAGUGUGUGACUGCAGUAUCGGAGAGUCAGAGAAUAGAGAACUUAUUGGAUAGAAAUGAUAAAACUUAAGUAGGAACCUUCAAUGACUAGGAGAAGAGACAUGUAAGUGAGGUGAAAAAGAAACGUCUUUGGAUGAAGAUAUUUCUUUAUCCAAAUAUCUUUAUCGAAGCUGCCGACUAGUACUGAUUUUCAAUAUUGAUACUGGAAAUGAGAAUACUGAUGGUUUCAUGCAAAAUACUGAUUUCUGAAGUUUCAGUUUUAUGUGUUUUCCUGUGGUAUUUCUUUUGAAAGUAAUGUUUUUUUUUCAUUGAUCACCAAAAUACUGCUUUUCAGCUGUUAAAAUACUGAAAUGUUCUUCUUUAAGUUGGCAGCUCUGUUUAUCAAAUAUCUUUGGAUAAAGAAAUAUCUUUUUUCGAAGUUUCGAACACAUUUGAACUUUUGAAGGAUUUUAUUGUGAAGAAUAAAUGGUGUAGAGGUGUCACAGUACACCGUGUGUCUUUCGUUGGCGUAUGGUGGUCCUGAAGAGGACCACCCAAACUCGACGUUUCAAUAAGUGUGUUCUUGUCGUCUUGAGAGACAUGUUCUGGUGGUCCUUUCAAGACCAACACAUGCCCAUGAAAGAAUACAUGGUGUAUCGUGAAACCUAUACACAUUUACAAAUACAUUAGUCGGUAUUCUGAUCUCUACUUUUAAUUUUAACAAUGGUCUAAAUGUCCACGAUUUCAAUAUGGGUAGCCAAACGACACAGACGUAGUUGAUCAUGUCAUCAACAUUAUUGGGGAUCAAACUAAUUACCAAGUGUCUGGAUAGGUCCAAGUAAAUGUAAGAAGCAGAGAGUGUAGCCAUAUUUUUGUAUCAUAUGGCUGCACAUAAUGCCAGCCCGGAAUUUAAUAGUCUGUGGUCUAAGUUUAACCAGAGCUCUUGGGAGCGUUUCAUCAACAUUUUCGACAAGUUGUCAGGUCUGACAACUUUCCUUGAUAAUGAUUGGCUUGGAGUCACUGUUACCUUUACUGUCAGAUAAAACAUUAUUUGUUGGAUAAAAUGUCCGGCAAUUCAUUCCAUGAAAUGCUCCCCAGAAUUAUGUUGUAUUUAAAUAAUACGGACUCGUCUUGGUGAAGAUGUCACUUCAUGUACAUGUCUAUUGCCAAGAUUGGAUCAUUAUGCCUGAGCUGUAGAUGAGGGUAAUGUGAAUCUUAGGGACCGUAUUUUUAUUAUUGAGGUCCGUUCGCAUGCAGGAGAACGCUGGACAGUUUCAAGAACGGGUUCCGACGAUUUGUGGGCGUGGCAAUGAACUUGUGGGUGUGGCAAUGAACUUAUCGGGCGGAACGAAGCGGAAUGGUGAUCGGCGGAAUGCAGGAGAAUGGUACCCAGUCACAUCCUGGCGUCAGAGAUGUGAGAAUCGAGGAUCUCGGCGCCGGCCGGUAUAGAAUGCUCGCUCAGCUUAGCUCUCAAGAAAACAGCGGCAUGAGUACAAGUGCGCUUGCUUUAAUUUAAUCUAGAAGUAAAUUAUCAGUUGAUGCUUUACCACCAUUAUCAAUAUCCUUUCUUCCCUUAUUCCCUUUCUCGUGCAUGUGAUAUGUGUGACACUUGACUGAGGCCCGUAUUUUGUUUUGGAUUCGAGUACUAGUAUGGAGGCGAAGUGUGUUCGAACAUCCAACCUCCAUGGUUCAAAGUAACUAGUUGUGUCGCGUCGGACGUGAUUUUGGUUGGUUGAUUGAUAGUAUUUUUUGCAGAGGGGGGGGGGGGGGGGUCAUUAAAUUUUUUCUCCCAUUGCCUACAUUGUGAUAUGAAAUGAUUUUGUUAAAAUUAUUUUCUGUAUUUGAUGAAUCAUUGUAUGCCUUUCUUCAAUUAUUAUUUUGACAUGAAUUCAUGAAUUCUAGAUUUACUGUACUCCAACGGGUAUGAAUUGAAUUAAUUACCGUAAGAUGAAAAUGGGCCAUUCCGGUUAAGGAGAGAAAACGGCAAGGUCAAAAUCGAGCCCCUCCCCCAAAAAUAUAUAUCAACAUAAGAAAUUUGUAGUGAGUGAAUUAUUAUUCACCAGUCCUGUAGAGAUAGCAGUGAUAACUUCAAGACGGAAAACGGUUUUUUCAUUGUUGAGAAUUUUACGAUUUAAGUAUGAAUUUCUCCCCAAAAAUGUACUGAAAAUUUGGACAAACAGAAUAUAUACUUAAACAAACUGGAAUAAAACAAAAUUAAAGACAAACGUGAUGGAGUUGGAUUACCAUAAAGAAGUCUGAUGUGUAUGUUUGUUGAUAAUUCCAACUAAAUUGUUGACAUGUUUUACGUUUCAGAAAUAUUGCCGUUUGAAAAACUAGUAUUGAGACGUUACCAUGUCCGUCCCCUGAUAAUAGAUUCAUUAAUCUCUUAUUAUAUCGAACCUGUAAAUCAUCUUGUCUUUCUUAACCUUAUCAUAUUAUACACUCAUGAGGACUCUUUCAAUCCCAUAUGGUAUGAUCAGAUAUUCCAUGUACGAGAGAUAUGAAAAUGUACUUUCAAAAAUCUGAUAUUUUUGUCCGUCCCCUUCGUAACGUCCCAACUUUCAAGUUUCUAUACCACACACACGAUACGAGAUUCAUCUCAAAAGUUCUUGAGCACGUGCGCCGGUCAACCCUGUUCAUACACAUACAAAAUUUUCCAUGUGUGUUUUCAGUCACGUAGUCCCAGGGAGAAAAAAAGCAUGUCCGUCCCUUCAAUAUGUUUGCCGUAACGUCUAAACUUUCGUGCUUUGUCUUGGGUGAUUGUUAUGUUUUGGUGUUGAUUUCUCGUAUUUUGUCGCGGUGUGUUGAUUGAUUAGUGAUAUUUUUCCGUACUACCCUCAUUUCUAAACGUAUUUGUAAAGAUAUCCAAUGAUUUUCUUUCUUUAUUAGAAUAUAAUUUGCAUUUACUUGAAUAUAUGUUAUCAAAUUACGACGACCUAAAUAUUGAUGAUUAUUACAAAUAUUAAGGAAAAAUCUACGUAAUUCUAAAAAUGGCCGGGAAUGUAGUAAUCAAGAGAUGUAGUCUUGUUGGGAGUUUCAUUCUGAACAAACAAAUAAAAAAAAUAUAUAUAGGUAAGGAGAUAAUCCGGACAAUUAUAUAGAUAUCAUGACGACGUUACUCAUUUGAUGUGGACAUGAUUUGAGGGUGUCCACCGUCGCGUCUCAAACUAAAAAAGUUUACUUACAUGCAUAAUCGAUACUUUUAUUUAAUUCUGAUCUACAAUCAUAUCUAGUUGGCAAGAUUAUCGAAUUCUUAUUCUUCAUAAUGCUGCAAAAUAAAGCAAGAAGUUUUCUUACCUUUUUGCCAUGCUUCACCUUCGCUAGGACGUUAUUCUGAAUCACAAAGACAUGUCCAAUAUUUUAUCCAAUGACGUCCAAAUUGUAAAAACGGCACAUCGUACAUUAUCUACUCUUUUAUAGAUAAAAUGUGUAUUUCCAUAAUAAAUCUUACGACUGCCCAUACCUUCCGAGACACUUAAAAAGGUUUUAUAAAUUUUACAUGUAAACAAAAUGAUGUAAAAGGCACUAGAACAGACUAGACGUUAUGAUCUCCAUGAGGACACUGUAGAAUUAAAUGUCCGCAAUAACGUCCUCGUAACAAUUAUGUAUUUUACCAUAUUUAGUUUUAUAUUUAUUUCAAAAACAUAUCAAAAUCUUCUAAUCGUUCUCAGAAAAAACGUUUAAAUCACAAUCAGGCUUUACGUUUAUAAAGUGAUCACCGUAUGUGAUGUUUAUGGCUGCUCUCUUUACUUCAGACGUUAUGAUUUUAAACGACAAUGUCUUCCGUAACGUCGCACGACUUUUACACCAUAAUUUGUUGCUGGUGAUUCUUUAGAUUUAGGUGGUUGUUUUAUUCACAUGAAUUCAUGAAAUAGUGCUUUCAAGCAACUUUGAUUUUCUGUUCUAGAAUUAAAAAAAACAAUCGAAAGAUAUAAAAACUACAAAUUAGACGUUACGACUUUGACGAUGGACAUUGCCAAAAAUGUGUCGCAUAUAUAAUUUUAAUAAUGCUUGAAAUUGUCUUUAUUUUCAUUUGUUUUACCUCGCAAUAAACUAGUAUUCAAGAGUUGAAAAAAAAUGUUAAUUUAGGCAUACAGUAUCAAGCGAUGCACGAUGUGACAAGUGUCCUUUUAAGACGUUAUUUAUUCUUUUUAAUAUUCCACAAUGUCUCAUAUAAAAUUCAGGAUUUUUGGAAAGUGGCGGCUAAAUUUUUUGACAUCGAGGGCUGCGAAACGGGAUGAAAGUCGGGGGGGUGGUCGACCAUGCAAAAAAAAAUCAAAAUCAGAUGUUUUUUUCUGAUGGGAUAAAGCCAUCCCAGCGCCCCCCCCCCCCCCCCGUUCUGGGACCCCUGGUAUCAGCGGCGGUUUGGAUUUAGGUGCCCAAAUUAUGUCAAUGUUGUGUGGCCAAUGUUGUAAUUCGAAUUGUGACAGAAUUCCAUUUUCUUCUCUUUUGACAAUAAAAUUAUAAUCUUGCUUUAAUCAAAUGUAUUUUAUUUUAUUUUAUUUUGGAUUCUGAAACAAAUGUAUUGAAUAAACAUAUUUUAAUGGUUCGCUACCUAAAAAGAUAUUU